CCAAAGUUGCGAAAAACCCAAGGAGGGAAGCAAGAGAAGAAAGUUAUCCACCCUUACAGCAGAAAAGCUGCGCAGCUUGCGAGGGAAGCACACAAACAGGAAAAGAAGGAAAAGUUGAAGACUGACAAAGCUUUGCGUUUGAGUAUCAUUGGAGAAAAAUUGCAAUGGUUUCAAAGUCACCUUGACCCCAGUAAAAUUGAAUACACAAAGAAGGAAGCUGGUGAACUAAUCGAAAAUUACAUGUGUCGAUUCAAUGCUGAAUUGGAGCAGAUUGAAUUACAAAACAGCAUUAAAGGUAGACAAGGAAGGCAGCACGGCUCACGAGAAACUGUCAUCAAGCAGACCAUAGAGCGUGAAAGGCAACUCUAUGAAGGUUAUGGAAUGGAAAUCCCAGACAUUAUGAACAGAAAGCAUCUUAAAUUUUUCAGAGAAUGGGAUGGUGAUCUGAAGAAACUGCCAAACAUCAAGAUGAAAAAGCUCUCAGCUAGGGAUGCUGCCUGCAGUCACCCUGAGGUGGCAGAUGUAGAACCUAAAGAAGCAGUGGAUAAAGCAGAAGAAGUGGCCUAAUGAGUACCAGCUGAUUCAGGAGCUGAAACAGCUCAAGGGAAUUUUAAGAAACCUAUUUUAGUUAUCACUGGAAACAAGAAUAAAUUCUAACUUUAUUUGCAAAG